AUGAAGUGCAACUACACAUACCCAUACAAUCCAGAUCUGCACGUACAGGUGAUCAGAUCAAUCUACCAGUCUUCUUCCUGGGCAGAGCUGAAGUGUGUCAGCAGCUGUCCUCUAGCUGGUCGUCCCUCCUACGUCUGGUACAGGAAUGGACAGAAAAUGAAGGAAGGAACUUCUCCUUCCUAUGCAGAUUACUUUAAUUAUCAGGACAGCUAUUCCUGUGCUGUAAAAGGACAUGAAGAUUUCCGCUCUCCUUCAGUGUAUGCUCCAAAGGUUCCCUCAGUGUUGGUGAGUCCCUCUGGUGAAAUAGUGGAGGGCAGUUCAGUGACUCUGACCUGCAGCAGUGAUGCUAACCCAGCAGCUACUUAUACCUGGUACAAGAAGAAUGGAAAUCCAGACCAGGAACCUUUCAGGACAGGACCACAGCUGGACUUUGUUUCCAUCCAGUCCUCUGACUCUGCAGAGUUUUACUGCACAGUGCAGAAUAAGCUGGGGAAGAAGACAUCUGACUCCACAUCUAUUGAUGUCAAAUAUGGUCCCAAGAUGCCUUCACUGAUGGUGAGGCCUUCUGGUGAAAUAGUGGAGGGCAGUUCAGUGACUCUGACUUGUAGCAGUGAUGCUGACCCUCCAGUGCAUAAAUACACCUGGUACAGGGAGAACCAAACUCUGCUUCAAGGACCAGAGAGAAGUUAUAAUUUCUCCUCCAUCAGCUCUGAGGACACAGGGACAUACCACUGUCAGUCUGAGAAUCAACAUGGACGGAUAAACUCCUCUUCUGUACUGAUAGAUGUCCAAUAUGCUCCGAAUGUUUCCUCAGUGUCGGUGUGGCCCUCUGGUGAAAUAGUGGAGGGCAGUUCAGUGAAUCUGACCUGCAGCAGUGAUGCUAACCCAGCAGCUACUUAUACCUGGUACAAGAAGAAACGAAAUCCAAGCCAGAAACCUUUCAGGACAGGACCACAGCUGGACUUUGUUUCCAUCCAGUCCUCUGACUCUGGAGAGUUUUACUGCACAGCGCAGAAUGAGCUGGGAGGAAAAAGAUCUGACUAUAUCUCUAUUGAUGUUAAAUAUGCUCCAAAGGUUCCCUCAGUGUCGAUGAGUCCCUCUGGUGAAAUAGUAGAGGGCAGUUCAGUGACUCUGACCUGCAGCAGUGAUGCUAACCCAGCAGCUAAUUAUACCUGGUACAAGAAGAAUGGAACCUCCCCAAAAGCUUUGGGACAGACCUUCACCAUCACAAACAUAACAUCUGAACACAGUGGAGAAUAUUACUGUGAAGCCCAGAAUAAGAGAGGACACCAUAACUCGAGCAGCACCUUAAAGGUGACCGUUGUGCCAGGUCACAGGACAGCAGCAGUGGCUGUAUUAUUCAUCGCUGUUCCCCUGGUUGUCAUCAUUGCCCUGUUCUGUGUGUACUUUCUGUGGAUUAGCAUAAAGAGGAACUUUAAACGUCAAUAUGAACGUGGAGAAAGAACAGACAGCACGUUACAGAGGCAACCAACAGAGCAGCAGGAUGAACUUUACUAUGCCACCAUCCGCUUCACCAGGAACAAUACAGAUCCUCUCUACUCCAACAUUAAUACUCAGCCCCAGAGACAGGAAGAAGGGGAAGUCCAGUAUGCCACUGUCAACUUUAAAACAGAGGAAACUGAACCUGGAACCGCAAGCCAAGGAGCUGAGGACGAUCCAUCUGAGUUGUACAGCAAAGUCCAAUAUCACAAAAAUAUGAGAGUCUGAACACAACGCAGCUCUCUGGUGUAGUACAGACACAUGUUAUUGUUUCUUUUUUUAUUUUACCCUGUGUCCACAUUGUUAUUAAACAUAUAUUUUCGGAUAGACCUGGCUUAGAAAGCAACAUCAUGACAACAGUAUACAUAUGUAAAUAUCUGUAUGUUCAAGGACUUAGCUUUGUGUGUUUUGCUCAUAAUUCAACACAGGUCAGCUAUAAAGAAUAUGCCUUUUGCAAAACCUUACUUCACUGGAAGCAAAGAAAUAAAAAUCUGCAUAGUGCUCAUGUGUUGUAGACUGUAGUUAACACCUCACUGUGCAUACUUUGUGAUGAAAUAU